AUGGAUUUGAAAGGAGGCUCCGAGAGCAGCAGUGAGAGCAUUCGGCCCUCCAACCUCGAAUCCUUCGCCAGUAGAUCCACUCUGCAUGGGAUCAGCCACAUCUUCGCCUACGGACCAAUGAGCAUCCGCAGGAUUCUGUGGAUUCUAUCUUUCCUGGGGUCCUUCAGUCUCCUGUCACUGGUCUGUGUGGAGCGGGUCAGUUAUUAUUUCGAAUAUCCUCACGUGACCAAACUGGACGAGGUGUCAGCUGGGAACCUGACCUUUCCCGCUGUCACUAUCUGUAACCUCAAUGAGUUUCGCUUCUCCCAGAUCACCCAGAACGACCUGUACCACGUCGGUGAGUUCCUGGCAUUGCUGAACGAACGCUACGAGAUCACCAGGCCGGCCCUGGCAGAGCCCCAUGUCCUGGCUGCUCUGAAGAAACUCGCCAACUUCCGUCACUUCAAGCCCAAACCGUUCAACAUGUCUGACUUCUACAAUCGUACAGGCCACACCAUCCACGACAUGUUGCUCAUGUGUACCUACCGCGGUGAAAACUGUACUCACCACAACUUCACCACC